UGGUGGUGUGCCAUUUGGAGUACUGGUCCGAGUGCAGGAAUUGCUACCUGCCGUACACGCAGUUCUACCUCUCGGAGAGCGAAGUAUGUCAUCUGACACUUCCUCAGGGCACGCCAAGGACAGUAGUGGCGUCAACGUGGCGAGUGGUGAUAACAACCGUGAACGAAGGCAAUAGCGAUGAGAUCUUUCAAAGGACGUGGUGAUAUCUCCUCGCGCUUUGGCAGCCUGCAUGCGCAUCGAUUCCUAUUUCGACAAAUCGCUGAUCCCGCAUUUGACGGCCGCGCUUUACGUGACCAAAAUCGAACUGGCCCUGUACAACUAUUUCGAUAAAGAGGCUCAGCAUGCUCCCAAGAUGCCCGAUUGUCUGAAGAACUAUACACCAGAUUUGCUGUUUCCCGAUAUUCAAAGGUUCAUGUCGAUCGUUUUGGAGAAUCUAACAUCGUAUGGUCUGUGCUGGGAAACAGACGUGUUGACCGUUGAAGUGAGCUCAGCUUUAAAAUGCAACGUCUUGGACUUGAUGUAUUUGACCGAACAGUCCCUCAUUGAUCCGUUCACGUUCAAAGUUGAACUCAGUCUAGCGGACAGUCUCAACUGUAACAUCAUUUCAAAACCGAUACAGAUCAAGCUAGGUCCGACGAUAGCGCACACGUUAGCCGUUUCCAGUCAGAUGUGGAGUCAAAGCAACAAACCGAAAGACGCCGUUCGCGACUUUAUCGUAAUGACGAGAUACGUCGUUUGCAACGACACCAACAUGAAUCUGCGUUUCGGCCAAACGGGGACCGAAGAAGCGAUUUUGCUGGCCCCGAGGUGCUGUCAUCUGUACGCGUGGAGGUCGCAGAGGAAGAAAGAGCAGCUCAAAGUCGCAAUGGAGGAGAAUGGAUGGACGAGGUCGUUUCCGGUGGCGCAAGAUGCCGUUCACACCAUUCACUUCAAUUCGGAUAAAAAUUAUACGAUCAUCGUUACGGUCAAGUCGUUGUCUGCUACUCAAAAACAGGUAAUACUUUCUGGCCAACUGAUCGUCAGCAACACUUUGCUGGAACAUUUGGACCUGAAGGUAGUCGAAGAAGUGGCGAAAGAUAACAAAGAACUGGAAUUUAAGAACUCCCCAACUUAUAUCGUGCCCGGCAGAAGUAAUACUUCGUCGAUUUUCAUAAGCAGCAGAAAAAAUUAUUUUCUAAGGUUGAGGUUCUACGGCUUAGAUUCUGCAUGGACUGGAGAUAUUCCUUUAAGGGAACACGGUACCGGGUCACAACCGUGGCUAGUAAAAGUGCCUCUGCAGGAACGCGGGCAAUUUCUGAGCAUCUGGUGUCGCAUCGUAACCGAACAAGUGCACAAGGUGAAACGCACCAUGGCCAUUUUGUGGCCGCUGUUCUCUGUCAAGUCGAAUCUGCCGAUCAGUUCGAACGUUCACAUCGAAACGCCAACGUUGAACGUUCAUCUUGACGCGGUGGUCAAUGGCAAAGGGGAGUUGCAACAACUUUAUUGUCCAGGAACGAUCGAUCACUCGCAUCAAUUAACUUUCAAGAUCGACAAUUCCGAUCCAAUAGCAAAUCCAUAUGUCCCACUGAAUUAUACCCUAGUGGAUCAUCAACAUUUUUUUAAAAAACCCGAAAUUAAUAGUAUCGAAGAUAUCUUGAGUGAACUGAAUCAAUUCGAUAAAUCGACUUGGCCCUAUUUUGGAGACGAAUUAGACGAAAUUGAUUGGAUCGUUGCCGAUCAACCGUUAACGCAUGUACAAGUGAGAUACCGGAACUCUUGUCAGUACUCGUGUUCUCUGUUAGUAGAACUUCUGCCAUGGUGUUUGACAGUGAACACUUUGGGCGUUCCUAUCACCAUCAAUGUUAGCGGCAUCGAACUCUGCAAAAUACCACAUUAUGGAAUCGUGGCACCGCCGAAAUUAGAGGAGAAUUUUAACAUAGGCGUUUGCUCUGGCGGUACUUGGUGUUACACGGAACCUUUGCAGUUGUCCAAAUCGGACUGGAGUCAAUCUUUCUACAUGCCUAAAUUCACAGGAACGAUACCUUUAGAAGGUUGUAUCAAGUCCCCGAUUAUAUGCGAUUCGCAUAUCUGCAUGUUAUCCGUCACUAGCACCAUCAAGAAUGAGAUUAGAUUGCUAAAAGUCUCUUCCACGCAUGUACUGUCCAAUCAUAUGGCAAUGCAGGUGCAAGUGAUAUGCUUUGCCGUUCCAGACGAGGAAGGGAAAUUUGAUAUUCCAGUCAACAUGGAAAGAUAUUGCUUUACUGUCGCGCCACAUUUGGAUAAAAGCAAUUCCGGCAUCUCUGUGAUCCAGUGGUUCACGUUGACAUCUGCCGCAUCAUCGAAGAGCAAGGAUCCGCACGCGAUAAACUACGCCCUGUACAUGUCCUUUUCGAUCGACGAUUCGCACUCUCCGCACGGUUGGUCGAGUCCGAUUCGCGUCGACAAACCGCUGCUAAGGAAAUCGUUCGCGCUUCGUACCGGCGACUACUCUAUUCCUGUGGUGCUCACCUCGCAAGAUAACAAGGGACAAACGGUCUAUUUGACCAUACACGAGGAUGAUAGGCCGCAACUGUUUAUCGAGAACACCACCGGGGCUACGCUGUUCAUCGCGCAGGCUUUAGGUAAUCAUGACAUUUUUGUCUCGUGGAAUAAAAAUCUCACUAAAAGUGUUUCAUUGUGGAAAAAGCCGUCAUAUCCGGACCGACAUGUAUGUACAUAA